UAACAAUCUCAUCAACAACAUUCCACCACCAAUCGGGAACCUCUCGUCUCUUGUUUCUCUCAGCUUACAUUUUAAUAUUUUAGAAGGAAGCAUUCCAAAUGAGUUAGGCCAUCUAAUGAAGUUACAAUAUCUUCAGCUCUCCUCAAAUAAACUGUCGGGAGCCAUUCCUCCGGAUUUGAAGAACUUGAAAAGUAUUAAACUGCUAGAACUUUCUCAUAAUAACUUGUCUGGGCAUAUUCCAGUUGCUCUAGAGAAAUUUCCGAUCCUGGAAUACUUGGAUUUGUCAUCCAAUGAUCUUGAUGGUGAAGUUCCACAGCAAGGGAUUUUCAAAAAUUCCAGUGCAUUUUCAAUUCUUGGAAACAAGAGGCUUUGUGGGGGUAUCCCACAAUUACAGCUGCCUGCGUGCCUGAAGAAAGAUUCUAAGAAACAUGGAAGGUCUAUUUCUCUUACAGUAAUAUUCUCAGUGAUCGGUGCAGUUUUAGGUUUGAUUCUUUUAUCAUCUAUCUUUGUUACUCUUUAUCGGGCGAGAAGAAAGGCCAGCAAGAACCCUUUGCCUGCAUCUUUCCUAGAGAGUAAAUACUUAAAUGUUUCUUACAAGGAUCUCUUUAAAGCAACUGGCGAGUUCUCUUCAGAUAAUUUGAUUGGCGAGGGAAGUUAUGGUUCUGUAUAUAAAGGAAUUCUAGAUCGAGAUGAAACACUUGUUGCAGUGAAAGUUCUCAAUCUUCAUCAACGAGGAGCUUCAAGGAGUUUCCUUGCUGAAUGUGAAGCCUUGAGAAAUAUCCGGCACCGGAAUCUAGUUAAAAUCAUAACUGCUUGCUCAAGCAUCGAUUUUAAAGGCGAUGAUUUCAAAGCUCUAUUGUUUGAGUACAUGCCUAAUGGGAGUCUAGAGAAAUGGUUGCAUCCAAAUGUACAUGGGCAAUAUGAAAUGCGGAGCUUGAACGUUAUUCAAAGAUUAGAUAUAGCCAUUGAUGUCGCCUCUGCAUUGGAGUAUCUUCAUCACCAUUGCGGGACACCGGUCGUUCAUCGCGAUCUAAAACCAAGCAAUGUUCUACUGGACAAUGACAUGUGCGCCCAUGUGGGCGAUUUUGGAUUAGCAAGGUUCCUUUCUAAUGCUGCCAGUAAUACCUCUCAAGAUCAAACCAGCACAACUGGUAUCAGGGGAUCUGUUGGCUAUAUUCCUCCAGAGUAUGGAAUGGGCGGAAAGGCGUCUACAAAUGGAGAUGUCUACAGUUAUGGUAUCCUUCUUUUAGAGAUGUUCACAGGAAAAAUACCAACCGAUGACAUGUUUAAAGACGAUCUAAGCCUCCAUCAAUUUGUUAAGAUGGCUUUACCUGAUCAGGUGAUGGAGAUUGUAGACCCGCGACUGCUCGAAGACGUUCAAGCACUGAACAAUGGAGAACGACAACGCAUUGCAAGGACUAAAAUGAGAGAGUUUUUGUCUUCUGUGGCCAAAAUUGGCAUCACUUGUUCUGUAGAAUCUCCAAACGAGCGGAUGCAAAUGAGAGAGAUUGUCAAAGAAAUGCAUGCAAUAAGGGACUUGUAUCUUGGGGAUGGAAUUCACCCAGAUCAGCAAAAUAGGGAACGAUUGUUGGGCGACAGUUCAUCGUAUCUUAGUCAUUAUUAACAAGUUGUGGCUAGU